GCAUCUGAAGCACACAGAGUGAGAGAUGGGGAAUUGUCAGGCCAUUGAUGCUGCUGCGUUGUUGAUACAACAUCCGUGUGGGAAGAUCGAGAGAUUGUAUUGGUCUGUUCCCGUGAGUGAAGUGAUGAGGAUGAAUCCGGGUCAUUAUGUUUCGCUCAUCAUUCCAUUGCCUGUUGCGUCUGAUCGGAACCAGGAUCGAGAUGACGAGGCCGUACGUUUCACUCGUGCCAAGCUUCUUCGUCCUAGUGACACUCUCGCCCUCGGCCAUGCUUAUCGCCUCGUCGCUUCUCAAGAGGUCAUGGAGGUUUUAAAGGCGAAGAAAUAUGCGAAAACGAAACCGCAACAGCACCUGGAAACAAGUGAAUACAUGCGGCAUGAACAAGAACAAGGUAACCAAAGUUCAGAGACCUUGCAGUCUCAGGCGAUGAUGACAAAGCAUGAAAGACGACGCCCGAAGAUAGCACCUGCGAACUCUGCUGCAAUGAGCUCAAAAUCAUGGCGGCCUUCAUUACACAGCAUCUCUGAGUCUGCAACCUAAUACUGUUUGUAAAGAUUGGAUUGUGUUUUGGGAGUGCUGAUCGCCUACAACUUCAUUAUGAA